GCCCGGGGACACGCCGUGCACCGUCCAGCUCGGGGCUUUCGCGGCGGCAGCGGCGGCGGCAGCGUUAGCGGCGAGAGCGGCGUUUCCGUCAGCGCUUCUCCCUCCGGCGGGCGACGAGGAGAGGCGGCGGCGGCGGCACGGGCACACCGGUGUCUCUCGCUGGAGAUUUCUUUCUGCUUUCCUCAUCGGCUGACUGACUGGCUCACCCCCUCCCCGAUUAUUAUUAUUUUUCUGAGGAACGGUGACCUCUUCUCUGGGACUGGGAAAAAUAUUUUUUGUGAGGCAGGGUGUGUGUGUGUGUGAGGGGGGGGCGGGCGGCAGCGUCAGGGUUUGCUUCUUCUCUUCUUUCUUCUCUCCUCCCCCCUCGAAGACCGAAAAGCAAACCCCACAACUGCUCCAGCAUCCUCCUUCCUCCUCUUCCUGCGCCUCCUUUCUCCAACCCCUUCGCAGUUUCGCCCUCUCCUCCGCUAAUGAUUGCAUUAUUAUUAUUAUGCUUCCUUCCCAGGGAGGGGGUCUCGCCCCUCUCCGAUCGCUCCCCAGCCCUGGUCUCCCGUGGAUGCAAUUUCUUAAAAAUUUUGCAGCCUGGGAGUGAGUUUUCUCCCAGGCGUGUGUGAGAGGUGGCCGGAGGGGGGGUGUUGUUUUCAAGUUCAUUGCCCCCACUUUUCCCGCGACCUUUUCGGACCCGAUUUUGGAUCCUGGGGGUGGGGCGGGGGGAAGAGGGUGUGCAGGCGUUUUGGGGGGGCGCGGCGGAGAAUGGCCGCGGGGAGGGCUCCCCGGAGCCUCCCAGUCUCUUGAUCAAAGCAUUCCGCUAUUCUGAUUUAUUGCCUGCUUGGUGAGUUAUUUUUUUUCCCCUCUAAAGGAGACCUGUGUGUUCAGCCAUUACUUUGCUCGGCGCUGCUCCCAGGCAUCUCCGACCCCGGUGCGGCGGGGAGCCCCACACUUGGGCUCUGCGCCCCCCGUCCCUCCUCCCCUCUCCCCGCCCCUUCCCCCUUUUCUUUCUCCUCUCUUUCUUCCCCUCUCUCCCUUCUUUCGGCCGCCGUCUCCCCCGCGCCCUCCUCCAGGCGGAGGGAAGCCGUGAUCGGGGGAGGGAGGGCUCAGUGUCAAUUUUUUUUUGGUGUGCGUGUGUGUGAGUGUGUGUGGCCGCGGCCGGAGCCUGUGGCGGGCAGCAGGCAAGCGGGGGGACCCCGGCGCGGCACAGCCAUGGAUGGCCCGACGCGGGGCCAUGGACUCCGCAAAAAGCGGCGGUCGCGGUCGCAGCGAGAUCGGGAGAGGCGCUCCCGGGGCGGGCUAGGGGCCGGCGGCGGAGGGGCUGGCCGGACCCGGGCGCCCUCACUCGCCUCGUCGUCUGGCUCCGACAAGGAAGACAAUGGGAAGCCCCCGUCCUCCGCCCCGUCCCGGCCCAGACCCCCGCGGAGGAAGCGGAGAGAGUCCACCUCGGCCGAAGAGGACAUCAUUGAUGGAUUUGCCAUGACCAGCUUUGUCACUUUUGAAGCGCUGGAGAAAGAUGUAGCACUUAAGCCUCAGGAACGUGUGGAGAAAGGGCAGACUCCCCUGAGUAAGAAGAAACGAGAAGCACUUACCAAUGGCUUGUCUUUUCAUUCAAAGAAGAGCAGGCUCAGUCAUCCACACCACUACAGUUCAGAUCGAGAAAAUGACCGCAAUCUCUGCCAGCACCUUGGGAAGAGAAAGAAAAUGCCGAAGGGACUCAGACAGCUCAAGCCAGGACAGAACAGCUGCAGGGACAGUGACAGCGAAAGUGCCAGUGCAGAAUCCAAGGGUUUCCACCGGAGCAGCUCCCGUGAAAGGCUCAGCGAUAGUUCAGCUCCUUCCAGCUUGGGAACAGGCUACUUCUGUGACAGUGACAGUGACCAGGAAGAAAAGGCAUCAGAUGCCAGCUCUGAAAAACUCUUCAACACUGUUAUUGUAAACAAAGAUCCGGAGUUAGGUGUUGGCACGCUGCCCGAACAUGACAGCCAGGAUGCAGGGCCGAUUGUCCCCAAGAUAUCUGGUCUAGAGAGGAGCCAGGAGAAGAGCCAGGACUGUUGCAAAGAGCCCAUCUUUGAGCCCGUGGUGCUUAAAGACCCCUGUCCUCAGGUCCCCCAGCCACUACCCCAGCCGCCCGUGGAGCCCCAGCUCCGAGCUCCUUCUCCGGAUCCUGACUUGGUACAGCGAGUGGAGGCCCCUGCCCAGCCGCCCCCUCCGAGUACUCAGCCGCCACAGGGCCCCCCAGAGGCCCAGCUGCAGCCCGCCCUGCAGCCUCAGGUGCAGCGGCCACCCCGGCCACAGUCCCCCACUCAGCUGCUUCACCAGAGCCUCCCGGCAGUGCAGGCCGCCCCGUCGUCCCAGAGCCUCUCCCAGCCGCUGUCCGCCUACAACAGCAGCAGCUUGAGCCUCAACAGUCUCAGCAGUAGCAGAAGCAGCACUCCAGCGAAGACUCAGCCCGCCCCCCCUCACAUCUCCCACCACCCCUCCGCCUCCCCGUUCCCCCUCUCCCUGCCCAAUCACAGCCCCCUGCACAGCUUCACACCCACCCUCCAGCCCCCCGCACACUCACAUCACCCCAAUAUGUUUGCCCCUCCCACUGCUUUGCCUCCUCCACCACCACUGACAUCAGGGAGUCUGCAGGUCCCCGGACACCCUGCCGGGAGCACUUACUCAGAGCAAGACAUCUUGCGCCAGGAACUGAACACACGUUUUCUGGCCUCUCAGAGUGCUGACCGCGGGGCUUCCCUGGGCCCUCCGCCCUACCUGCGGACAGAGUUCCACCAGCACCAGCACCAGCACCAGCACACGCACCAGCACACGCACCAGCACACCUUCACGCCAUUCCCCCACGCCAUCCCACCCACCGCCAUCAUGCCGACGCCAGCACCUCCCAUGGUGCGUACCCCAGGCAGAAAUUUUGACAAAUACCCUACAAAAGUUGACCCAUUCUACCGGCACAGUCUCUUCCACUCCUAUCCUCCUGCAGUAUCGGGCAUCCCCCCCAUGAUCCCACCCACUGGCCCUUUUGGUUCACUACAAGGAGCAUUUCAGCCCAAGACAUCCAACCCUAUCGAUGUCGCUGCUCGGCCUGGGACAGUCCCACACACUUUACUUCAAAAGGACCCGAGGUUGACAGAUCCUUUCAGACCUAUGUUAAGGAAACCAGGGAAGUGGUGUGCUAUGCAUGUUCACAUCGCCUGGCAGAUUUACCACCACCAACAGAAAGUCAAGAAACAGAUGCAGUCGGACCCACAUAAGUUGGACUUUGGACUGAAACCUGAGUUCCUGAGCCGCCCUCCAGGCCCCAGCCUCUUCGGAGCCAUCCACCACCCGCAUGACCUGGCCCGCCCUUCAACUUUGUUCUCUGCCGCUGGUGCUGCACACCCAACCGGAACCCCCUUUGGGCCACCUCCUCAUCACAGCAACUUUCUCAACCCUGCUGCUCACCUAGAGCCUUUUAAUCGGCCGUCUACGUUCACAGGCCUCGCAGCAGUCGGUGGCAAUGCCUUUGGGGGACUUGGAAACCCUUCAGUUACACCCAACUCAAUGUUCGGCCACAAGGAUGGCCCCAGUGUGCAGAGCUUUAGCAACCCUCACGAACCCUGGAACCGGCUGCACCGAACGCCUCCGUCGUUCCCGACCCCUCCGCCCUGGCUGAAGCCAGGGGAGAUGGAGCGCAGCGCGUCCGCUGCAGCUCAUGACAGAGAUAGAGAUGUAGAUAAACGAGACUCAUCCGUUAGUAAAGAUGACAAAGAAAGGGAAAGCGUUGAGAAGAGACACUCCAGCCACCCUUCACCAGCACCUGUCCUCCCGGUGGGCGCCCUGGGACACAACCGCAGCUCCGCCGAACAGAUCAGGGGUCAUUUGAACACUGAGGCUCGCGAGAAAGACAAACCCAAGGAGAGGGAGCGAGAGCACUCGGAAUCGCGCAAGGACCUGGCCGCCGAGGAGCACAAGGCGAAGGAGGGCCACGCGCCCGAGAAGGACGCGCACGGCCACGAGGCGCGCGCCGCGGGCGAGGAGGCCAAGCAGGGGCCCCGCGCCCGCCCCUCGGAGCCGCCGCCGCCCAGCUCCUCGGCGGGCGUGCACGCGGGGCCGCUGGCGUCCAUGCCCAUGACGGUGGGGGUGACGGGCAUCCACCCCAUGAACAGCAUCAGCAGCCUGGACAGGACUCGCAUGAUGACCCCCUUCAUGGGCCUCAGCCCCAUCCCGGGGGGCGAGCGCUUCCCGUACCCCUCUUUCCACUGGGACCCCAUCCGGGACCCCCUGAGGGACCCCUACCGGGAACUGGACGUGCACCGCCGGGACCCGCUGGGCAGGGACUUCCUGCUGCGCAGCGACCCGCUGCACCGGCUCUCCGCCCCGCGGCUCUACGAGGCCGACCGCUCCUUCCGGGAUCGGGAGCCGCACGACUACAGCCACCACCACCACCACCCGCACCCCCCGCUGCCCGUGGACCCGCGGCGCGAGCACGAGCGGGGCGCGCACCUGGACGAGCGUGAGCGCCUGCACCUGCUGCGCGAGGACUACGAGCACCCGCGGCUGCACGCCGUGCACCCCGCCGCCCUGGACGGACACCUGCCGCACCCCAGCCUGCUGGCGCCGGGGCUCCCGAGCAUGCACUACCCCCGGAUCAGCCCCACCGCGGGCCACCAGAACGGGCUGCUCAACAAGACCCCGCCCACGGCGGCGCUGAGCGCGCCCCCGCCGCUCAUCUCCACGCUGGGGGGCCGCCCGGGGUCCCCACGCAGGACUACCCCGCUGUCAGCGGAGAUCCGGGAGAGGCCCCCGUCGCACACGCUCAAGGACAUCGAAGCCCGGUGAGGGGGCAGGAAGGCCUGGACGUGGGGCGAGAGACAGCGAGCGAGGGAGACCGCCUCCCUCCCGGACCGCAGCCCCACUCCCGCCCUGUACAGUGUACAGACUCCUCGCAGAUUUUGAAAUUUUUUGUAUAUUAUAUGUUGAAAUUUUUCAGAUCUUUUAGCCAAUUCGUAUGUCCUCAUGUCUCCUCCUUUUUUUUCUUCCUUAUAUGAAACUUUUUUAUUUGAACCAAAACAGUGAAGAGGACAACACACACCAGUCGGAUGAUCACUGGGGAUGGGGGAGCCCACACGAUCCGUGACGCAGAGCUCUUUCAGAGGGAAGGGAAGGCCGUGUGUACAUAGCGUGUAAAAAAGAUUGCUUCAUGAGCUGAUGGUUCAUAUAUGCAAAAGGGUAAGAUGAAAGCUUUACUUUGUACAAAUGUAAAUAGAUAAACAUUAAGUAACAUAAUACAUUAAUACUUCUUAAAAUGUGCUAUUUGCAGACCUGGUAUCAGUGAGCACAGUCCUCUAAGGCCGUGUUCCCCUCUAUUGUUAGAGACAGCUAAACCCUUCAACUAUGCAAUGAAUGUUAGGGCUUUUCACAAAAGCCCGCCUGACUCAAAGGAGCCUUUUCAGAUCCAUUUACAACAUACUUAAGGUCAUAUUUUCCCUAAACAAGCGCUUACGUGAUACGACUCUGUUUUCCUUGCUUGUUUUUUUUCAAAUGGAGAAACACCCUAUUUCGCAAACCGGACCCCAGGCUGGAACUUCGCAUCUGAAGUUGCUGCUUGUGGGCUGGGGGGUGGGCGGGGGUGCGCCCCGGUUAGGUAACUGAGGACAGGAGCACCCAGUGCUGGGGAGGAUGGGAUUUGUCAGAUGCCAAAAUCAGGGGGCCGGUGGAGGUGUCUGUCAGAAGCAGGUUGCCAGAACCUUCUCCCCGCCGGUCAUGUGAUUUCGCACACACCUCCUGUGGGAACCAUUCCUUUUUUAGUGUGUCCUGUUUCAUAUCUGUGCACACUUCCUCAUUUUGUAAUGCAAGUUAAUGACACCCAAACAGAUCCUGAAAGAAAGCUUCACGUUUUCUCAGAUGAUGGAUAUGUUGUCACUGUAAUCGCUGACGAAUUUAAGGUGCACAUUUCCCGACGUGACUCGUUGUAUUCCAGUUAGUCUUCAUGAGACUUUAUUUCUGGAAAUAGCUGAAGCAGGUCAGCUAGUGCAGCCUUCGAGAAUUGCAGAGGGUGAAAGGUGGCGGAGAAAAAGUCUUGUACGUGCGUGUGUUUUUGCGUUUGCAUCAAUCUUACUGUCUCUUCAUAAUACUUUUAUAAUACAUUAAGCCUCUUGUCUACAUAUUUGGAGAGAAUAUGACUUUACUAGCAGAGAAAUACAAUAUAUCUUGUCUACUGGACUGUAAAAUACAUGUAUGAAAUAAAAUUAGUUCCAUUUGGUCUUCUAGUAUAUUAAAGUGCUAUCUGACGUUGUUAUCCUGUUUUUGCAAAAAAAAAAAAAGUUAACUACAGACCAUUGUUUCUAAUAAGCAGAGAGAUCUAUUUUAGUAGUAAACUGAAGGUUUAGUUGUGAGCUUCAGAUUUUGUGAACACCAGAUGUUGUGCAGUGUUUUUUUUUUUAAGACAACAACUAAAAAAAAAAAAAGAAUCCAAGGAAUAUGUACACUGGAACUGUAGUGGUAGCUUUCAGUAUUGUAAAGAGAUUGUUCUAUACAGACCUUUUUGCUGUUAAUCCUGUAUGUAAUAAAGUCCUUUCUAGACCCUAUGUGAAAAGAAAAGUGAAGCAACUGAAUCUUCAGCAUGUUCUCAUCGGCGGAGCCUUCUUGUGUUAUGUAAACUGUGCCAUGUUAUUAAAAAAUGUGAACCAAG